AGGGAUGCCCACAGCAAGCAAAGCAGGCUUGGAGGACAAAAUGACAGAAACUGGCAAUGUGGACACGAUAUUACCAGAAUGGGAGGAAAACAUAAAGGCUAUAGAAAUACCUGCUUGUUUUAGCAAGAUGCCUCAGGAGAGCAGGAAGGAUUUCCCUCACACCAAACAAGUGGGGACUUACCUAGUAGGCAGAAUGAUCAACAAGGGCUCCUUCGCCAAGGUGAUGGAGGGGCUGCAUGUCCCCACGGGGGAGAAGGUGGCCAUAAAAGUCAUUGACAAGAGAAAAGCCAAGCAGGAUUCCUACGUGUUAAAAAACAUGAAGCGGGAGCCUCGGAUACAUCAGAUGAUCAAGCACCCCAAUGUUGUCCAGCUAUACGAGACACUGGAGACUGACAACUCCUAUUACAUGGUGAUGGAGCUGUGUCUUGGCGGGGACCUCCUAGACAGAAUCUGUGACAGACAGAGGCUGGCAGAAAGGGAAGUAAGGAGAUACACCAGGCAGAUUCUGUCUGCGGUUGGGUACCUGCAUUGCCACGGGAUUGUUCACAGGGACCUGAAAAUUGAAAAUUUUCUUCUCGAUGAGAACAACAACAUCAAAAUUGUUGAUUUCGGACUGAGCAAUACUGCAAAGUUUGAGGGUCUCUCUCAGGAGCUGUUACAUACCCAGUGCGGGAGCCCAGCUUACGCUGCCCCUGAACUCCUUGCUCAUAGAAAGUACGGCCCAAAGGUGGAUGUCUGGUCCAUAGGUGUUAGCAUGUUUGCUAUGCUAACUGGCACAUUACCUUUCACGGUGGAGCCUUUUAAUAUCAAGCAACUACAUCAAAAGAUGGUAAUUGGAGAAAUCAGCCCAAUUCCAUCAGAUAUCUCCCCUGGAGCUGUACACUUUAUGCAGUCCUUACUUGAGCCUGACCCUGCUAAGAGGCCUGGAGUCAAAGAAGCAAUGAAAGACAAAUGGUUGAAUGAAGGUUUCACCAAGAAAAUCCUGAACACUACUACCAGUGAGAACAGACUUUGCCUCAGUGAACUGAAUCCUGUUGUUUUAAACUAUAUGACAGAAAUGAUGGAAUUCAGUCUUUCAGAAGUUACCAGAAUUUUAAUAAAUAACAGACCCUCUUCUGCCAUGGCAUCUUAUUGCUUGUUGCUGAAGAAACUGCUCAGGUACCAGAAAGCAGACAGAAGAACCCAGGUAAGACAUCAUGAUCAUGAUAUGCAUGGUGUUCUCCCUUGUAUUACUCAUACAAGGAAUAUUGGUACAGCCAUGCAGCACCAAGGAAAACAGGGCAGGUUGUGGAAUGGAGACAAAACUUACCCAAAAUGGUAA